AGUACCGCCGUUUGGACACAUGUUGGGCACAGAGUCCGGCGCACUUACUGGGGGCUCGGAUGAGUGGGUGUGUGUGUGUUUGCUCUACCUCAUUCAGUCAUUCAGUGCGACGUUUUAUUAAAGUUGUAAGAUGGCGACGGUGCAUCUGAGGAUCGGGGACCUAGUGUGGGGGAAGCUUGGUCGAUACCCACCAUGGCCAGGGAAGGUCGUAAGCCCUCCCAAGGACCUGAAGAAGCCCAGGGGCAAAAAAUGUCAUUUUGUGAAAUUCUUUGGAACUGAGGACCAUGCUUGGAUCAAAGUAGAACAGCUGAAGCCCUACCACCCCCACAAAGAGGAGAUGAUCAAGAUAAAUAAAGGGAAGCGCUUCCAGCAGGCGGUGGAUGCAGUGGAAGACUUCCUGAAGAAAGCCAAGGGGAAGGAACAGAACUCAGACAGCAAAGCAGAGUCGAAAGGAAAGAAGACACGCAACAAGCCCCUGAAAAUACUUGAGGAGGAUGAUGAGGACCUCAGCGCCCUGAAGGACCCCUCUGAGAAGGACUUAACUGACUCUGACCCCGAGCCGUCCACUCAUGAGAGGCUGGGGGCUGGACCCGGUUCAGGAUACAAAUGGGAGAGCAGUCCUGUGAAAGAUGAUCCACAUUUCCAUCACUUCCUCCUCAGCCAGUCUGAGAAGCCAGCCUCGUCCAUGGAGCCCAUCAGCAAGCGCCUGAAGAUCAUUGAAGAGGACACAGGGUCAACAUCUAUCCAAGCAGCAGACAGCACAGCCAUCAACGGCAGCAUCACACCUACAGAUAAGAGGAAUGUUUCAUGUCUGUCCUGCAGGAUAGGGUUCCUGGGGCUGGGGCUGAUGGGGAGCGGGAUCGUUUCCAACCUGCUGAAAAUGGGUCAUGUUGUCACAGUGUGGAACCGCACAGCAGAAAAGUGCGACCUGUUCACCCAGGAGGGGGCCCGGUUAGGCCGCACUCCUGCAGAGGUGGCCUCCACAUGUGACAUCACUUUCUCCUGUGUCUCUGACCCAAAGGCGGCACGGGAUCUGGUGAUGGGCCCCAGUGGAGUGCUGCAGGGGAUCAGGCCGGGCAAGUGCUACAUAGAGAUGUCCACCGUGGACCCAGAGACCAUCACAGAAAUCUCACAGGUGAUCACAUCGCGGGGCGGCCGGUUCCUGGAGGCUCCGGUGGCAGGAAGCCAGCAGCUCUCCAACGAUGGGAUGCUGGUCAUCCUGGCAGCGGGGGACAGGACGGUGUACGAGGACUGCAGCAGCUGCUUCCAAGCCAUGGGCAAGACCUCCUUCUUCCUGGGGGAAGCCGGUAAUGCAGCGAGGAUGAUGCUGAUCCUCAACAUGGUGCAGGGCAGCUUCAUGGCCACCAUUGCAGAAGGGCUGACCCUGGCCCAUGCCACCGGCCAAUCACAGCAGACCUUCCUGGACAUCCUGAGCCAGGGCCAGAUGGCAAGCACCUUUGUGGACCAGAAAUGCCAAAAUAUUUUACAGGGCAACUUUAAGCCGGACUACUAUUUGAAACACAUUCAGAAGGACCUGAGGUUAGCCAUCUCCAUGGGUGACACGGCCAACCAUCCCACCCCCAUGGCCGCUGCAGCCAAUGAGGUCUACAAGAGGGCCAAGGCACUGGACCAGUCAGACAACGAUAUCUCUGCUGUGUACAGAGCCUACAUCCACUGAGCCGGUUGGGAUCCGGCCCACCGUCUUCAAUCCUUCUUCUUUCUCCCUUGUCGAGUAACGCAUUUCUUGUUUCAUUUUAAAUUCUAGUUAUUUGACUUCAUUUUGCCACAGCAGCAGCCGCCAUGUUAGCGCCCACAAUUGAGGGGAUUGUUAUUCCUUAGUUGGGGGGCCUUGAGCAUUGCACUGACUGUACUGUGAUAUAAUUGCUGUGAGAGCUUGUAUUACUGCAGUUGCUUUGUCUAGUUUCUGACAGCUGAAAUAGAAGUCAUGCGGGGGGGGUUUCCUGGAUGGAUCGCCCUAAAGAAGAUUCUUUUUUCGUUCAUGGGAAAAUGAGUAUAUUUAAUUGAGUGUGAAAUUUGCUUUUUGCUUCUUUUUUUUUUUAAAUGUCCUGAAUUCCACGAGAGAAAACACCAAGAACAUGCCACUGCGUUGCCUUAAUAUUGUGUAACCCCUCAAGUCUUUCAACAUUAGUAUUUAUUUCUGUUUCUUUCUAGGUCUGCUUGGUGCAGAUUGGCCAUUGCUUGUUUCUAUAUUUGAAGAGAUGAUUUAUGCAUUUACGUUAGUGUUUAUGAUCUAUCUGGAACAGUUUAAGGACAGAGCAACCGAAGUGUUGAGGCCUUAAAAUGCAGUAAUUAUUGAUAAAUCUGAUCUUGAGAUUUCUAUAUUUGAAACCCUUUGUUCUAACGUUUGGGAAGAGUUCUCAUUAAACUUUUUUCUUUUUUUAAAUGAUUACUCUGAAACUAGAUAAUGUCUACUUUUUGAGUUGCUUUUUAACGAAAGGAGAUAAUAUGCCCCCAUUUCAAUCGUCUUUUGAUCUGCUAAUUGGAGCUUUAAAUGGUGGCUGGGUUUCAUAAGCCAAUUUGAGACUAUCAUUGGACAGUAUUCAAUUAUAAACUAAACAUUUUGAAGUUGUUCGGUGGUCGGACAGCUUCAUUUCUUUCAACCUACUCACCUCCACAGAUGUUAUAUUGAUAAACCAUUACAGCAGUCAAAACUCAACACACACACACACACACACACACACACACAGACUUGAGCUCAUAGAUAUGGAAACGUAACAAUCAAUGGAUUCCUUUUUUAUUAUUUAUUUCUUACAUUGCCCGCAACAGGAUUCAGGUUAAUGAAGGGGGGGCGGGGGGGGGCAGAUGGUCACAUCACAAGGAUGGUCUUGACUGUGUAGUGGAGGUCUUCACAAGUUCACACUCAAACAGUGUGUCCAUUACAUAGUUUGUAUUACACUGUAAAUGUUCCUGCUCCAUACAUAUAUGAAAUACUCCUUCAAAAACUCAUUUUCUGAAAACUCAAAUGUUCUUGUGGUUUUCUGCUUCCAACAUUCUUUAUCUAGUAGGGAUCUACUUGUGUCUAGUUUAUGUUGAGUAUAAUUAUGUUAGACGGGUCAAGUUUUGUUACUGUGGUUCUUAGUUAUUUGCGUCAAUAUAAUACCCUCAUCCAUUUGGAUUUAUAAUCAUCUGUAAUGUGUCCUGUCCAAUGAAGGCCCAUUUAGCAUUUUGUCAACAAUGUUCGACCUUUGAAGACCUACAUCACACCCAAACUAAUGCAGAUGUUAAUGUCCUACAUCACACCCAAACUAAUGCAGAUGUUAAUGUCCUACAUCACACCCAAACUAAUGCAGAUGUUAAUGUCCUACAUCACACCCAAACUAAUGCAGAUGUUAAUGUCCUACAUCACACCCAAACUAAUGCAGAUGUUAAUGUCCUACAUCACACCCAAACUAAUGCAGAUGUUAAUGUCCUACAUCACACCCAAACUAAUGCAGAUGUUAAUGUCCUACAUCACACCCAAACUAAUGCAGAUGUUAAUGUCCUACAUCACACCCAAACUAAUGCAGAUGUUAAUGUCCUACAUCACACCCAAACUAAUGCAGAUGUUAAUGUCCUACAUCACACCCAAACUAAUGCAGAUGUUAAUGUCCUACAUCACACCCAAACUAAUGCAGAUGUUAAUGUCCUACAUCACACCCAAACUAAUGCAGAUGUUAAUGUCCUACAUCACACCCAAACUAAUGCAGAUGUUAAUGUCCUACAUCACACCCAAACUAAUGCAGAUGUUAAUGUCCUACAUCACACCCAAACUAAUGCAGAUGUUAAUGUCCUACAUAUGCAAAAGAAACAUGGAAUAUAUUCUCAUAAGGAGCUCAUCAUAGCUCUGUCUUGUCACCUUCUGGCAUGUGAGUUAAACAUGGCAGCAAGCCGCUUUUACCCAUGAUGCAGUAUGAUAUGAAGACACAGGAAAGCGUGCACCAUCAAAACCUGUAAGAGCUCAUUGUGUUUAGUUUCUUUCGAGCCCACAGUUUUCAUCAGUUAAACGGUACAUACAUGAGUUUUUCAUAAAACAAUGCAUGUGUUCCAGUUUUAUUUGUCAAAGAAAUGCUAAAGCUUUUAGAUUGAAAUAGCCCUUCCACACUGCAGUGUAAAGAUGGGUUUUUAGAAGACAGGUGUAAAUAGCACAUUAGGUUGAGUAGGCUUUCUUUUAUAUCCACAAUAACCGGGAAUACUACUUGUGUUUUUGACUACAGUCUAAAAUAUGUGUCUUAAUACCGUAGAUCGUUCAGUUCAAGUGUAAAUUGGUUAUUGUGUGGUUUAUAUAAUCUGGUUUAUGGCAUUUAAAUAACAAUGACUCGGAUCCCGGUAAAGGAAGGAGGGUGUACCUUUGGUUUCGGGGGAUAUUUAUGAUUUUGUGUACAUGUGGAAGUAUCAAGACUUUUGUGCUGUUUAAUAAAUUCUCUCCUGAUUACGGA